GUAACCCCGUACCAUAAAAAUCUCCUCUCUCUCUCUGAAAACAGCUAUGCAAUCUGCGAAUCAAAGUGCAAGGAACGAUAGUGAAGAACAAUCAGAGAUGAGAAGAGGGCCAUGGACUCUUGAGGAAGACACUCUUCUCAUCCAUUGCAUUGCUUGUCAUGGUGAAAGCAGGUGGAAUUUGUUAGCCAAGUUUGCAGGGUUGAAGAGAACCGGAAAAAGUUGUAGAUUGAGAUGGCUAAAUUAUUUGAAACCUGACAUCAAGCGCGGAAACCUCACCCCUCAGGAACAAAUCUUGAUUCUUGAACUCCAUUUCAAGUGGGGUAACAGGUGGUCAAAAAUUGCACAACAUCUCCCUGGAAGAACCGACAACGAGAUCAAGAACUAUUGGAGAACGAGGGUGCAGAAACAAGCACGCCACCUUAAAAUCGAGUCUAACAGCAAGAGGUUCCUGGAAGCGAUUCGGUGCUUUUGGAUGCCAAGGUUAGUUGAGCAGAUGGAGCAGACUUCAUCGUUGUCGCUAUCAUCUUCAUCUAUUCCUCCAACCAUGGGAACUCAAAACUCAACAAUUUCUUCGGUACCACCCGGCGAAAUGAAGUGCGUCAAUCAAGCCAAUGAAAAGCCUGAAAUUUGCUUCUCAGCAUCCAUGGGAAUAACAGAGAUGCCAGAAAUUUCAGACCAAGCAACAAGUCCACGUCAUGGCUUCACUUCCCUUGUGGAUGAUUGUUACUAUGUGGACAUUAUAAGGGGCUAUGAUAUGGAGGGCUUCAACCUGGAUCCCAUGUCAGCAGUGGGGCCAGGCGAAUUCUCCGAUAGCCAAGUGGCGGGAAGUGAUUUGAUCAGCGAUGACAUGGCAGGUGCUUUAUGGAACAUGGGUGAAUUGUGGCAAUUCAGGAAGCCAUGAGAGCUGGGCAUCUGGGGGGAAGUUAUUCAGUGUUUCGAGACCACAACCUAAAAAUCAUAGGCUAUAUCAGAUAAAGUAAGACUAAAGUUCCUGUUG